AUGAGGGAGUUAACAGUGGGGAGUGCUACUGGCAGAGAAGUUCCCGAGAAGCACCCGGACGUGGAACAAAAUCCUCCGAGGAGGGCCACCGGAGUAACAAUCACGGAACCUUCUAGCACCCCGCAGGCUGCCGCUCCCCCUGUCUCAAAGGGAAAAGGGAAAAAGAAAGCCACCGAACCCCUCCAGCCCCUCAACAAAUCUUCGGACGAGAACGGUACUGAUCUCUCGAUCUUAGAUAGCUUGCCGAUUCCCUGUCAAUUAUUUGAUAGGGACGGAAAAUUUAAUGCCCCAGAGGCUCCCGCGGCUCCCUCGAGCAAGAGGCAUCCUGAGGAAAGCAAUAAAGUGCCUCAGGCUAAGAAGCCUCGCACUGCAGGCCUCCCGGAGGACGGACCCUCAGCCAACGCAACUCCACCACCUUCUCCUCAUGAGCAGCAGACUCCCCCUGCUCCUGCCGGGUCGACUCCAUCUCCAGCGGCCCCAACUGACCAGACUCAGCAGGCAUUUCUGGCCCUUACCGCCGGCCGGAUGCGCUCGGGAACCAUCACCGAGCAGUCUAAAUCCUUGCAGCAACAACAUGCUGACGAACUCAAAGCUGCCGAAGCGAAAUAUGCUGAACAGCUUGCGGCGAUGCUCAAGGAGAAGAACAAACUGGCUAAGGAGUUGAAGGAGAAGCAAAAUUCUCUGGAUAAAUCCGUUGAGCAGAUGAACCAGUGCAAAGAUUCUAACCGCAUUAACUACCACGAGGCUAAAAAGCUCGAGCAGGAGUUGAUCGCGAGCAGACAGGAGACUAAAACCUUGGAGGGCCGAAUCAAGAAGCUUGAGAAAGCCAAUGCCAGCAAUUUGGAAAGGUACAAGAACACCACAAGUAAGUGUUUUUGUAACUUCUGGAAACACAACCAAGGGGCGAAAUUUAAUUACCUUCCCGAAUGCGCAAGGCAGGCUGAGCUAGCCUGCUGCUCUGCAUCCUCCCAGGCAGAGGAGGAGAGGGCAAGAGUACUUGCUUCGCCCGAAAUCUCCUUGGCGACUGGCAUGGACGGGGCGGAAAAUGAAACUGCAGAUGUCGUCGAUCAGAGCCCCCCUCAAGAUCCUCCGGCCCCUUAG